AUGCCUUCAUCGUCUUCGAGAUCCUCAAGUGACUAUAAAGCUCCUGCCAACAACGGUAAUGACGAUAAUGGUGCUCGUCCAUCUUCAGGUCCGAAGCUCAAUCCAGGCGAUAUCUACCACUCAUGGUUUGCCGAGCUGGGUCUUCCUCCUAUCCGUCCAUACGAAGGCGUUCAUGGCCUUGACUACUUCAACAAGUUCAUAGCCAGACAGCCACCGCCUCCUGCUCCAAAUUAUCCUCUUUCCGACCCUGCGCUACAGCCUCGUUGUGCUUCUGUUCCCGCUGUCGCUCUGCGAUCCAACCUCCGAGCUCAGCGAAGACAGCACGAGCAGGAGCAGAGUCUCGCCACUGCAGUACGAUUGUCGCGAGAACGGGCUGUUGCUACUGUUGAGAGGGCAGAAAAGGUCGCGGACAGGAAGAAGAAGGAGCAGGAGAAAGCACAUCAGGACGAGAAAAGUAAGGCUAAUGAGGAAGAGCGAAAGGCGAAGGAGAGAGAGGAUAGGAAGCGGAAGCGCGAGUUUUCUGUCGCUGCCCCUGCUGCCGCUAGUGAAGCCGAUAGUCAAGAUUCAAGUACUGAGGAGCAACCAAGCAAGAAGGCAAGACGAUCUAACAAGCGAUCCCAAGCCGCUAGCGUGGGCGUCAGUGUGCAUGUCAGCCCCUCGCCAGCUCCACCUCCUCUUAACAGGCAGAACCCCUACCUCAAUCGUCCAGUGUCAGAGCCUCGGCGUACCACUCUUCGAGGUCCACGAAGACAGAUCAGAGACGACUCACCCGUGGAGAGUCAGCAACAGCAGUCUGUUCAGCUUCCUGCUAUUGCAAGGGACAAUGCGUCUGAGGAGGUAGUCAAUUCACAUCGACCUAGAGGAAUUGUGAGACUGAAGGUGCAGACUUCAGAAGCUGCAAAAUUUGAUAUAAAGAUAGAUACCAAGCCUUUAACAACAGAAGAACGAAAGCAACUGAGAAGAAAGCGAAACGAAGAAAUAAAGCAGUCGCUGAAGCGCCAGGUUCUCAAGAAGGGACCAUCGAAGAAAAAGUACGAUUCUCUGCUUCUGGAUGCUGAUGGAGACAAGGCAAAUAGCAGUGAGAGUGAGGGCGAGGGUCAUGACCAAGAGGAGUAA